AACAAGACACCCGCAAUGGGAGGCAUGGUUUUGCAAGGUGAAGAUUUGUUUGACCUAUUUAAUUCCAGUGAUUAUUAUGACUACACGGGUGUCCCUAGUUCUGCAGCAGCACCCUGCAGAGAUGACAGUACCUCAGUUGUGCUGAACUACUUUGUGGCUUUCUUCUAUGUCCUGGUAUGUCUUCUGAGCCUGGUGGGCAACUCUCUGGUGGUGCUGGUGGUUGCCUACAACAAAGGAAACCGUUCUGUUACGGAUGUAUAUCUCCUGCACCUAGCCAUUGCUGAUUUGCUCUUUGCACUCACCUUGCCAUUCUGGGCUAUCUAUCGAGCUCAUGAAUGGAUCUUUGGCAAUGCCAUGUGCAAAGUCACUUCAGUCCUGAAGGAAGUCAACUUCUACAGCGGCAUCCUCCUGUUGGCCUUUAUCAGCAUUGACCGUUACUUGGCAAUAGUGUGUGCUACUCGGGCAGCUACUGAGAAGAGGCACUGGGUCAAAUUUGUUUGUUUGGGCAUCUGGCUUUUUUCUUUCCUUAUUUCCUUCCCUAUGGCUGUCUUCCGUUAUGCUUUCCAGUAUAAUUCCUCUUUGGCAAUGGUUUGUUAUGAGGACAUCAAGGGGGGGGAAACAUCUGAAUGGAGGGUGAUACUGAGAAUCCUCCCACAAACGUUUGGAUUCAUCAUCCCUUUGAUCAUUAUGUUCUUUUGCUAUGGGGUAACUAUACACAGACUCCUCCAGACCAAGAACAGUCAAAAGACUAAAGCAAUGAAAGUCAUCAUAGCUGUAGUGCUCAUCUUCCUGCUCUGUUGGCUGCCCUACAAUAUCUCUCUUUUUGCUGACACCCUGAUGAGGAUCAAAGUUAUUGAUGAAAGCUGUCCCCGUCGUAAAAGCAUUGAUGUUGCUCUUUCAAGCACUGAAAUCCUGGGAUUUGCUCACAGCUGCAUAAACCCCAUCAUAUAUGCCUUUAUAGGGCAAAAGUUCCGGAACAACUUCCUCAAGAUAUUGGCCGAACGAGGUAUUAUCAGUAAAACUGUCCUGUUACGAUACAGGAAGGGAUCUGCCUCAUCUACUUCUGGUGUUACUUCAACAACCAUGUAA